AUGGAAGUAGUGUCUAGCGUGGAAAGCAUUUCUACUACUCCUUUCUUAUCAGCUGUUAGUUUGGAGUUUACAACUACCAAAUGUGGCGGGAACAGGUCAGAUCAGUUCCCUUCGGGGAAUCUAUUUGUGGCAGUGAGUGAAGGGCUCUGGGAUAACGGGGCGGCGUGCGGGCGGCGUUACAGGCUGAGAUGUUUGAGUGGAAACAAUAGGCCAUGCAAAGAAGGAACAAUUGACGUGAGAGUUGUUGACUACUGCACCAAAAGGCCAUGUCCUUCAACUAUUGCUUUGUCAAGUGAUGCUUUUGCUCAAAUAUCAAUUUCUCAUAAUGCUAAGAUCAACAUCGAAUAUGUCCAGAUUUGACAAGAAAUUGAAGAAGUGAAGCUUAGGAAUAUGAAACACGUCAUGAUUAGAAGGAAAUUCAUCGCAAUGUCUCAACUUUGAUGUAAUUUAUAAUUUAAAUACAUUUUUGAGCAAACAUAUAUGAAGA